GGGUUUACGAAGAAACUCAGGAUUGAGGGCAUUUUGGUCCGUAAGCCUAGAUUCGAUCAUAAACCCCCAAUUCAAUCGGAAGCUUCAGCAAGCAAAGGGUUUUUGAUUCCAAUCUGAGAAGGCGCUAUCUUCGCUCAAAAGGAACAUUUUACACUUUGCAGACUAGUUAUAGAAAAGAAAUGCAGUCUUUCUGUGGGAGUUUGAUUCGGAGGCAAACACUUAACUGCUCAAAUACUGCUCAUGUCAAAUCCUCUAGGGCUUCCUAUGCAAUUAGUACUAGUAAUGUUAAUGGAUUAACCUUGUCACACUCUGAUUCUCCGCUUCAAGAUGGAGUUCCUGCUUCGAAGAAUAAUCUCUUCCGGUAUUUUCAUCAGUUCGCUUCUCGUCCUCCCGUCACUUUACCAAAAUUUAGUUCUCGUAGGGAUACAUUGACAUUGUUCAACGGCAAUGGCACAAAUCCUAAGCUUAAUAUGUCUUUAUGGACGGAAGUAGGACCUUCAUUCCCCAGUAGGACCAUGACAACAGCGGGAAAUUCUGUAGAAUCUGCUUCAAAAGUUCAUUCAGAACCCAACAUAGAUAUAACCCCCCGCAUCAAAUUUAAGAGACUUGAUAAAACUGCCAGGAAUAUAAUGCAGAUUCUGGACAAGGAAGCAGUGCAGGAAGUAAGGGCAGAGAGGGAGAUACCUGAUAUAAAACCUGGCUACAUUGUGCAACUUAAAGUGGAAGUACCUGAGAAUAAGAGACGUGUUUCAAUUGUUAAGGGCAUAGUAAUAGCUAGACGCAAUGCUGGAUUAAAUACUACAUUUAGAUUGAGGAGGAUAGUGGCUGGGGUUGGAGUUGAAUCUCUCUACCCUCUGUACUCGCCUAACAUAAAGGAAAUAAAGGUGCUGGACAAGAAGAAAGUGAGGAGGGCCAAGCUUUAUUAUCUUAGAGACAAGAUGAACGCACUUAAGAAACACUAGUUGUCAGAAGUUUGAUUAUCAAUUUCGUGAUAAAGAUAGUGGGGUUAGAUCACCCUGGCCAGAAAAGUGAGCACAAUUUGGCUUCCUUUUCCUAAUUUCAUUUUCUCUUUUUAAUCAGGUGAGUUGUUUUUUUAGAAAUUUAGAAUUAUGAAGGGGAAAAUAUGUGAAGUUGCUGAUUGUGUGCACAUCAAUCGCAAAAAGAUUUAAAUUAUAUUUACAGCUAUUCGUUCAUGGUAAAGGAUACCAUGUGCACAGAUUUUGCCUUUUGGUUUCUUUAAAAUUACCUAUAGAUUUUCUUGAUUAAACUUAGAAUGGAUUUGUCUACUAUGUGCAAUGUGACGGUCUCAAUACCUCAGAAACAGCUACAUGUGAAUUUGUCAUUACCGAUUUAUUAUUUUAAGCAAUAUAUAGGCAUUCCUCGCAAGUCAGAAACAUGAGGCUGGAGGGACCUAUUUUUGUUGAUUAGAAGUGGGAUGGCUAUAUUCAUUUCCUGUUGCAUGGUAGGUAAUGGGUGAUAAUUCAUUAAAUUUCUUCAUUUUAGUGAAGAACAUGAGGGUGAGCUUUGAUUGGAUGGGUAAGUUCAGAAGUAUCAGUUGGAGGAUGUACUUAAUGCUCACAUGGUUGUGACUUAGGUUGAAGCUUUUGCUCAAAACACUUAAGUAAAAUAUAAUACAUUUUACUUUGCUUUC